CUCCCAGCCCUGUCCCGCCGCGCUGCACAGCUCCUGCAAACGCCCCAAGCAGAGGAACUUUCUGCAGACGGGCUUCUUCAUCCCCCUGCCAGGGCUCUCUGCUUCCCCUCCUGCCAAAUAAAGUCUGGGGGCUUUGCUUUUACACUAAAAACUGAUGACUGCCCUUAGGAAGAGAAGCUCAUGCCCCUCUCAGCUGUGCCCCGCUCUCUGUGCCCUCGGGCUGGUUGUGCUGGGGGGUCUGUCCUGGGCUGUCCCCAUGGACGAACAGGAUUAUUACCUGCAAGAGAUUAGCAACAGGGAUCACUAUUACUCCUUUCCAUACCCCGGUGAAGAGUAUUUUUCUUUCACGGAGCAACCCAAAGAGGAAGGAACUAUCCGUGCUUCAGAGCCAGAGGAACACCCAGGGUUCAAACCGAGCAGGAAAGAGUUAAAACCGAAGAAAAGCAGCAAAAAAGGAAAAGCCAUUCUUGAACCUCCACCAGAUUGUCCUCCGCUUGGUCUAGAGACGCUAAAAAUUACUGACUUCCAGCUCCAUGCCUCUACAGCAAAGCGAUACGGCCUCGGGGCCCACAGAGGAAGGCUUAAUAUUCAGGCAGGUGUUAACGAAAAUGAUUUUUAUGACGGUGCUUGGUGUGCAGGAAGGAAUGAUCCAUUUCAGUGGAUUGAAGUAGAUGCUCGAAGGCUAACAAAAUUCACUGGAGUCAUCACACAAGGAAGAAAUUCUCUCUGGUCGAGUAACUGGGUGACCUCCUUCAGAGUAUUGGUGAGCAAUGACAGCCAUGCAUGGACUGCUGUCAGAAAUGAAUCUGGAGAUGUGAUCUUUGAAGGAAACAGUGAGAAGGAGAUUCCUGUUCUCAAUAUGCUGCCUGUACCACUGGUUGCACGCUACAUCCGCAUAAACCCUCGGUCCUGGUAUGAAGAAGGCAGCAUCUGUAUGAGGCUGGAAAUCUUAGGGUGUCCUUUGCCAGACCCAAAUAAUUAUUACCACAGAAGAAAUGAGAUGACGACUACCGAUAAUCUCGACUUUAAGCAUCAUAACUACAAGGAGAUGAGGCAGUUGAUGAAAACUGUGAAUAAAAUGUGCCCAAACAUCACAAGAAUUUACAAUAUUGGAAAAAGCCACCAAGGACUAAAACUGUACGCUGUUGAGAUUUCUGACAACCCAGGAGAACAUGAAGUUGGUGAACCAGAAUUUCGGUACAUUGCAGGAGCUCAUGGGAAUGAAGUGCUGGGACGUGAGCUGAUCCUUUUGUUAAUGCAGUUCAUGUGUCAGGAAUACCUCGCUGGGAACCCACGCAUUGUGCAUCUCAUCGAGGAUACCAGGAUCCACCUUCUUCCCUCAGUCAACCCAGAUGGAUACGACAAGGCAUACAAAGCGGGCUCAGAAUUAGGGGGCUGGUCUUUAGGUCGAUGGACUCAGGAUGGCAUUGACAUCAACAAUAAUUUCCCUGAUUUAAACUCUUUGCUCUGGGAGUCUGAAGAUCAGAAGAAGAGCAAAAGGAAAGUUCCAAACCAUCACAUCCCCAUUCCUGACUGGUACCUGUCUGAAAAUGCCACCGUGGCAGUGGAGACGCGAGCAAUCAUUGCAUGGAUGGAAAAAAUUCCUUUUGUGCUGGGGGGCAAUCUGCAGGGAGGAGAGCUGGUCGUGGCGUACCCCUACGACAUGGUGCGGUCCCUGUGGAAAACGCAGGACUACACGCCCACACCAGAUGACCAUGUCUUUCGCUGGCUUGCCUACUCCUACGCCUCCACACACCGGCUGAUGACAGACGCGAGGAGGAGAGCGUGUCACACAGAGGACUUCCAGAAGGAGGAUGGCACAGUUAAUGGCGCCUCGUGGCACACCGUGGCUGGAAGCAUAAAUGACUUCAGCUAUCUGCACACCAACUGCUUUGAGCUGUCCAUCUAUGUGGGCUGCGACAAGUAUCCCCACGAGAGCGAGUUGCCUGAGGAGUGGGAGAACAACCGGGAGUCCCUCAUCGUUUUCAUGGAGCAGGUCCAUCGGGGCAUCAAGGGCAUAGUGAAAGACACACAUGGAAGGGGAAUCCCAAAUGCCAUUAUUUCAGUAGAAGGCGUUAACCAUGACAUUCGCACAGGAGCUGAUGGGGACUACUGGCGCCUUCUCAACCCGGGGGAAUACCUGGUCAGUGUAAAAGCAGAAGGCUACACCACCGCCACCAAGAACUGCGAGGUGGGCUACGACAUGGGAGCUACCCUUUGCGACUUCACCAUCUCCAAGACCAACCUGGCGAGGAUCAAGGAAAUCAUGAGGAAAUUCGGGAAGCAGCCGAUCAGCCUGUCCCUGCGGAGGCUCCGGCAGCGGGCUCGGCAGUGGAGGCAGCGCAGAUAGAGCCCGGCUCCGCCAACAUCAGCCCAGCUGUAGCAGUAGUGAGAGUCGCAUAGCCCAACCCUUCGUACGCAUUUCCCUGUCUGAGGCCUUUCUCUUAGUGGAGCUGGAUGUGGGUUUGUCAGUGUGGCAAAAAACUGGAAGCAAGGAUUGGUUCGAGCUGAAGUGAAAUAAGCCCCGGUGUGUGGGGAGGAGAGGUGGGAAGAAUGAAAAGGUGUUUUGAGUUGAAAUGAAAUGUUUUGGGUGUUGUUUUUUUUGUUUGUUUGUUUGUUUGUUUUGCCUGUGGAUUAUUUAAUCCUAUGUAAAUCUGUUUUCUUUAAGGAUAGCAAAGGAAGAAAAAAAAAAUACUUGUAAACGAGAAAUACUUUUUACUGAAAAAAACAAAAAAGAAAAAUGAUGUUUCUAAAGUAUAAAAUUGAUAUAUUUUUGCAAUUCAAAAAAGUUAUGACUAUCUUUAAAUUCUAUUCUCGUGUGGGAGAAAAGCUGAGAGGGCACAGCUUCUGCUGAACAUCAUUAAAAUGUGUCCAAAUUUUGGUCUCCCUUUCCCUGUAAAUCCACAUUUUGACAAGCAUUGUAAUCUCUGGGGGAAAAAUAUCCUGAAGCGAAUAACCCAUCUCAGCUUUUCUGUUUUGGUAUUCAAGAACGCAUGGUGACUCCAGAACUUAGUGCCCAGUGUUUUUUGUUUCCAAGGCUGUGUUUUUACUCUGAACUACACCUAACAAAAAGGGCGCUGGGUAAGGACUGCUGCAACCACAGCACCUCCUCUCUGAUGCAGGAAAAAGACUUGAAAUGAAGCUUUCCUUGUGGAUGCAGACUUGGGCAUGGGCAAAAUCCACUGACAGCAUCUUUCUUCUUGAUUCUGGCCUGCCUAUAAGCACCUUUGUGCUCACGCACACCUCACGUCGCUGUCUUCCACAACGUGGCAGGGACUCACCUUCCUCUACAUGAUCUGUUUGUCUUGCCACUACAGCUGCUGCUUUCCUGGCCUUGUCGUUCUGAGAGCUGGACUUGUGCUUUAUUAUUGGCUUUUAAGUAACAAAGUUGUACAGCAGAAUGGGUUUGAGGUUUGGGAAAGAUGCAGAUCGGAUCUGGGAAAGAAUGAACUAAAUAAACACUGGUCAAGCCAUCAGCUGGUGGAAAUCAACUUUGCUCUGUUAGAUUCAACGUCGUGACCUUGGUUGUACCAAAAGAAGGGCCAGCUGUACCUUUUUAGCCAGUCAGAAGUCUGUGGAUAAAUAAACAUCUCUAGUAUGCACGGUAGUGAGGCCGCAGUGUGCACUUCCACAUAGAGUUUUAUUUAGAGCCUUCUAAUUGCCGUUACAGUGCUUGCCUAUACUGAUGUGAUUCUUGGAAAAGAUGUUCACCCAACCCGUGUUCAAGACCAAGGAGGAAUAAACUGUGAGUAGCAAACUUACUGUAAGAAUAUUAUGUGCCAUCUGUAUUACAUCUAUUUUUAUUUUCUCAGCAAAGAAUCUUGCUAACACAAAAGGCAAAAUAUGGCAGAGUGAAUAAUACAAUCAUGAACCCUUACAUAAUAAAUAGCCCUUUUCUUAAAUUUCUUAGACAAUUCCAGCCUAUCCUUGUUCUGCACAUACCAUUAAAGAACAGCAAUCUGUGUGACAGCGAGGGAACAAAGAAAAUAGCAGAGUGCAGACAUAAUUCUCUACAGCUGAAAUUAUGGAACUCCAGCUCCAUUGUCAGCACUGUUUAAAUUAAAUCAUAGAGUCAAAUAAUCUAAUCGCUACAUUAGCAUUUUGAAUUGUAUUUUACUUAUGCUACUCUAUUUACCACCUUUGCAACAUUCUAUAGCCCAUUUAUUUGUUUUGAACAGCAAACGUAAUGGCACAGUUGUCAAGAAGGGUUUUUUUAGCAGCUGAGAUGUCAUUCUUUUCUUGGGCAGUGAUGAGAAAUACUUUAGGAAUACUGGAGCAGUGACAGCAUAUCAGUACUCCUGCUAACGUGGCUCAUUCAUUGGCAUGCAUAGGUUUUGCCACCACCACAAUGACAGGUUUUCUGUGUUAUGAUCUGAUGAAGGUCUUUAGGUUGGUUCUUUAUGGAGUCCUAUGAAGUCUCAGCCAUCUUGCGGGGGGCGGAGGUCUGAACAGUCAUACAGGGUGCAGAGCAACCACAUUUGAAUCACUGAUAGCUGGACUGAAGGUGGAAACCGGUAGAUGGACAGUCGUGGUCCUGGCAGGUCAGUUCUUUCCACUUUGAAAUAAUGUACUUUACAAACCCAAAGGUCCUCAUGCUCUGUUCUCAGGUAUGAGGUUAUCUCAAUCAUCAGGUAUUUUUAUUCAAGGAGUGGAUCUGAUGAGAAAUUCUUUGAUAUCUGUGAGCUAAAAGUAAAUGUCUCCUGAUUGCUAAGACCUCAGUACCACCAGAUGCUGAGGAUGGUGGCCUUGGUGCUCUAUGCUGGAGGUGGCCGUACUCGCACGUACCGAGCACAGCACCCCUAUGACUAAGGCAGAUGACCUCACCCUACUUUGGUCCAGGCAUUACUCAGUAAAUAGCCUAAUAGCCAUCAAGUGCACUCAUCUGUGCAAUUUUUUUUAUUAUUUUUCAGUACUUUUAGACCAAACAUUCCAGUUCAAAAGGAGUAACUUUAGAUGUGUGAACAUCUCAUGCUAAGACAGGAUGCUUAUGCCUGCCCUAAAUACAAUAAUACCAAAAUGAAUUGUGCCCUAGUUUUUGCUAUAGUUAUGCACUUGGGAGCUGAGUAUUCACUUAAAGAAAAAUAUGUGGCACUGCUAUUUAAUGUCUAUGUAGAUCCAACAACAAACCAAUAAAGUCAAUAUUUUACA